AAUACCGAAAUUCUAAAACCCGUCAGACUCGAGCACCACGGAAUGCGAGUGGCAAGAUAAGAAUACUGCGCUGGACCCUGCAUUUCACAGAUUAUAAAUGUAGACUACGCUACAUAUAGCAAUUUGAGGAGAUGUGUUCGUCUGCAAGAUUACGUCUGCAAGAUUAUCAGCGAGCUUUGUAGCCGUUGUAUAGUCCAGGAUCUGGGGAAACGCGAUAUGGCCCCUGAAGCCGCACGCCGGAAUCUGGGGUACUGAUAAUGGUAGAGGCUGUAUCACUCGUCUUGAUGCUUUCUAUCAAAGUAUAAGGAAACCACCCUCUCUGGGUUGUUGCUUACUUUCAAUUACUUUCUAUACCGAAUAUUCAUUGAAUUCUCGCAUGACAAGUUUACAUCAUUCCAUACGAACCUUGAGAUUCCACAUUACUAUAUCUCCUUACAUAUACAUUCGGAUUGGCGCCAUAUCGCCAACACCGCCAUUAUCAUGGGCGCUGAAACUCAUCAUCAUAUUGAAAACACAACGAAAGCCCUCGACGACGUCGACGAGAACACUCAAGAUGCCCUCGAUUUAGCUGCCAUGGGCCAUGAGCAAUCGCUCAUACGAAAGUUCAACAUAUGGAGCAUGCUCGCACUCGCCUUCAGCGUCUUGGGUACCUGGGCAGUCUUCGCCCAAGAUCUUGCGAUCGGCUUGGCCAAUGGAGGGUCCAUCACCAUCCUCUGGGGCCUAUGUCUCGUCACAUUCUGCAAUCUUUGUGUUGCCGUCUCUCUGGGCGAGAUGUGUAGCGCUAUGCCCACUGCGCUUGGGCAGGCCUAUUGGAUCCAUCGCCUUCUUAAUACACCACGCGGAAGGUUCAUUUCGUACAUGUGUGCGUGGAUAAACACAUUCGGUUGGUGGGCUCUCAAUGCGUCGCAGAUUGCUUUUAUGACAAAUUUCGUUCUGGCAAUAAAGACUAUAUUUGACAGCGACUGGGAAGGUGGUACUAAAGGUUGGCUGCAAUUUGUCGUCUAUGUUGGCAUCACAAUUUUGUUCACUGUUGUAAAUGCCGUUGCAUGCCGGAGAGAUGCUGUUCUCCCAUGGUUCAAUAACAUCGUCGCUAUUCAAUUUGGUGGCCUAUUUAUCGUCAUCUCACUGGCUAUGCUUAUCUCUGUUGGUACACGCAUGGACUUGCAUUUCCAGUCUGGAGCUUUUGUGUUUGGCACAUGGGUUAAUCAGACUGGCUGGCCAGAUGGAAUUACAUGGUUCACCGGUCUCAUUCAGGCAGCAUAUGGUUUAACAGCUUUCGAUUCUGCGAUUCACAUGGUUGAAGAGCUCCCUUCACCUCGAACGAAUGCGCCUCGAGUCAUGUACCUUGCUGUUAUUUCCGGCGCUGUAUCUGGUGGACUUUUCAUGGUAGUUUGCUUGUUCUGUAUCCAAGACCUAGACAGCAUUCUCAACUCCGACCUGCCAUUUAUACAAUUGGUCACUGGCGUAGUUGGUCAGGGUGGUGGUGCAGCUUUGAUCAUUUUGUUCGUGAUCAAUGGAUUGGGACAAGGGGUUAGCGUCAUGACGACGGCGUCACGUCUUACCUGGGGCUUUGCCCGCGAUGGAGGGUUGCCUUGGAGCCAAUACUUCUCGAAUGUGAACAAGACGUGGAAGGUUCCCAUUCGGGUUUUGUGGGCGAACGGAGUCAUUGCCGCCUUAAUUGGCACUCUCUACCUCUUCUCGAAUACCGUGCUGGAGGCAAUCGUGAGUGUCAGCACCAUUGCACUCACGAUAUCGUAUGCGAUGCCAAUCUUGACGCUUGUCAUUGUGGGCCGAGACAAGCUUCCACCCGGAAAAUUCAUGCUUGGUCGUUGGGGAUAUUUGAUAAAUUGGAUCAGCAUUGUAUACUGCUGUAUUACAACUUUUUUUUUCUUUUUUCCAGGCGCACCUAACCCAGCUCCGGCGGACAUGAACUAUGCCAUUGCCGUGUUUGGGGUCAUGCUCAUAAUUUCGGUGUUGUUUUGGUUCUUCGGAGGGAAACGGACCUACUUACGAACGGAUGGAGCUAUGCGGGAGGUCUUCCUUGCAACGCAGCUUGAGAACGGUAGAGAUAAGGUAGCGAAGGAUUAAAUGUACCUAAAUUUAUAUAUUCAGCGUUUUUAGGAAUUUAUCUGUAAAAUAUUAUUAUUUGUGCCACCACGCCCCUGUUUACGGGUGGCGUGACAUGGGCGACCCUUUUGCUGGGUUUCUACGGGUUGGGUCUAAUGCCAGACUGAGCUCCAUCGAAGGAAUUAGCCAGAGCCAUCAAUGAC